UGGCCCAUCCCCGGCCCCGCCUCGCCGCGCCGCUCGCCGCCGGGCUAUCACUGACGUGUCUCUCGGCCGAGGAAGCGCGCUCCGGAGCUAGUAGCGUCUCCUCACUCGAAGUGGAGCGCAGUCGAGGCCGGGCGUGUAGUCGGAUCAGCCGCCGCCAUGGCGAUCAAAUUUCUGGAAGUCAUCAAGCCAUUCUGUGUCAUCUUGCCGGAAAUUCAGAAGCCAGAGAGAAAGAUUCAGUUUAAGGAGAAAGUUCUGUGGACAGCCAUCACCCUCUUCAUCUUCUUAGUAUGCUGUCAGAUCCCCCUGUUUGGCAUCAUGUCUUCAGACUCAGCUGACCCGUUCUACUGGAUGCGAGUGAUUCUGGCCUCUAACAGAGGUACCUUAAUGGAGCUGGGCAUCUCUCCUAUUGUCACCUCCGGUCUUAUCAUGCAGCUCUUAGCUGGUGCCAAGAUAAUUGAAGUUGGGGACACCCCGAAAGACCGAGCUCUCUUCAAUGGAGCCCAGAAGUUGUUUGGAAUGAUCAUUACUAUCGGUCAGUCCAUUGUGUAUGUGAUGACGGGCAUGUACGGGGACCCUUCGGAGAUGGGUGCUGGAAUCUGCCUGCUGAUCACCAUUCAGCUCUUUGUUGCUGGCUUAAUUGUCCUACUUUUGGAUGAACUUCUGCAAAAAGGGUACGGCUUGGGCUCUGGCAUUUCUCUCUUCAUUGCAACUAACAUCUGUGAGACCAUUGUGUGGAAGGCAUUCAGCCCCACCACUGUCAACACUGGCCGAGGAAUGGAAUUCGAAGGCGCCAUCAUAGCGCUGUUCCACCUGCUGGCCACCCGCACAGACAAGGUCCGAGCCCUUCGAGAGGCAUUCUACCGCCAGAACCUCCCCAACCUCAUGAACCUGAUUGCCACCAUCUUCGUCUUUGCCGUUGUCAUCUAUUUCCAGGGCUUCCGAGUGGACCUUCCAAUCAAGUCAGCGCGUUACCGAGGCCAGUACAACACCUAUCCCAUCAAGCUCUUCUACACCUCCAACAUCCCCAUCAUCUUGCAGUCUGCUCUGGUGUCCAACCUGUAUGUCAUCUCCCAGAUGCUGUCAGCACGCUUCAGUGGCAACCUGCUGGUUAGCCUGCUGGGCACCUGGUCGGAUACAUCAUCUGGGGGCCCAGCCCGAGCUUACCCAGUUGGUGGCCUGUGUUACUAUCUGUCUCCUCCGGAAUCAUUCGGCUCAGUGCUGGAGGACCCUGUCCAUGCGGUCGUGUACAUUGUGUUCAUGCUGGGCUCCUGUGCAUUCUUCUCCAAAACAUGGAUCGAAGUUUCAGGUUCUUCUGCCAAAGAUGUUGCAAAGCAGCUGAAGGAGCAGCAGAUGGUGAUGAGGGGCCACAGGGAGACCUCCAUGGUGCAUGAGCUCAACCGGUACAUCCCCACAGCCGCAGCCUUUGGUGGGCUGUGCAUUGGGGCCCUCUCCGUCCUGGCUGACUUCCUGGGUGCUAUCGGGUCUGGAACUGGGAUCCUGCUUGCGGUCACCAUCAUCUAUCAGUACUUUGAGAUCUUCGUCAAGGAACAGAGCGAGGUGGGCAGCAUGGGAGCCCUUCUCUUCUGAGCCUUGCAUGCCCNUGGACCAGGGUGAGGGCACAGGCUCCAGAACUGCCCGGGAAGGGUGCUCUUACUGCUGGAGCAUGCUACUGUGGCAUAGGGACUUUAAUUUCUUUUUUUAAUUUUUUUUUAAUUUCAUGUCUUUUCAUUCCACUGUGUAAAGUGCUAGGAAAUUUCCAAUUUGAAAUUUUGCUUUUUCUGGCAUUGGCAAAAAAAACAGUAGAAAUGAAUUGUUAGCUGAUGGCCAGGGGGUGUGAUAACAAAUUGUCCUCAAGUAUCCCAUGUAAUUUUUAUUUAAACCCUUGCACUUCUCAGUGCCUGGCAGCUGCAAGGGUCCCAGCUGCCCCAAGGCAGUCUGUGGCCCUGGUUGAAGGAAGCACAAACUAGAUGUCUGCAUCUCAUCUGGGCGUGCAGACAGGUGAGAAUCGGCAGGGUCCACGCAUCUGCUGUUGCCAGCAAAGGGGGUCACUGGCUUUACCUGGAGCCUGGCCAGCUAGAUAGCUGGGCAUAUGUAAAGGGUCCUCGUGCUUGUUCUUUGCCAGUUCCCACUAGAAAAGGCGCUNCUGUGGUGGCCACCUCUGUCUUCCUACUGAGAACUUCCUGUUCCAGGUUUUAGAAUUUUCUUAUUGUCAUUAGGACCAAAUGUAGACUGGCUCAGGACCUGUAAGGAAAUCACACUGGGGUUCAGAAAUCUCCUAGGGAAGUUGUUCAAAAUCCUGUUUGUAGUUAAGGUGUCUGGGGUAACAGAUAACAUGGGCCUGAGGGAGCCCUCAGGUCUAUAGGAAAGGCCCCUCUUAAGACAGAAACGGUUUAACAGCAAGGGUACAAAAACAAAGGCUGUAGUUUGAGGCCAGAGCAAUUAGCGCUUGUCAGCUUACCUUACAACACAGAGGGUCCAGCUGUUCACACAACGGGGCAGGAGUUCUGGUGGGUGUGCAGCCAUGUGGUCACAGCCUGCCAGCAGCAAGACACCUGGGUCCACUACACCUCAGUGGAAGUAGCAGAAUGCCUCCCUGAUCCAGGGCUCUUAGGGACUCUUGCUGCUAUGCUUGCCAGCAAAUGGCAAUCAAGGGACAAUUAGCCACUUGCCCCGACACAGGUCAGCAUCAGGGCCAGAUCCCUUGCACACAGCCCAGGGCGCACACCAUAUCACACGUGGCCUUGUCUAGACCCAGUCCUGAGCAGAGGAGCCUGGUGCCCUCCCAGUCCACAGGGUCUUCCCACUGCCCCUCCUCUGCCACUGCCACAGAGCAGCUUCCCACCUACCCUAGGGACUCCAUAGCUUCUGGCAAGCAGGUGCAGAGUCCCCAGCUCUGGGCUGUGCUGGGGAGUGUCAGGCCUGGAGUCCACAGCCUCACCUGCUGCUGUAGCUGUCAGCUGGACCUGGUGGCUUGUGGUUGAUGGUCACUAUUAGUGGGUGAGUGGGGAUGACCUGGCUUCCAAGAGGACUGUCACUGUGGACACCAAAAUGGCUUAACUGAGAUACAGUGAAAACAUGACAAAUAAACCAACUUUUUACAA